AUGAUUCGUGACAGUGCAGGAUUAGCCAGCUUUUUGAUGCAACUAGAAGGAGAUCUGCUUGCUGGGCGCACAAUGAGUGAAAUCGAGGCAGCGGCAAAGAUUGAUAAGCUGAGGUCUACAUCGGAUAAUUAUGUGGAUUUGAGAAAUGGCACUACUGACGUAACCCACACGGUAUGGAUAAGUAAGGAUAAAACAAUUCCAAAAGAAUUUACUCGUGACAACACAAUUGUUCACAAGGGCCAUAUAAAUCUAUUAGGUGAUCCUCUCGAUACCCUGACGCGAAGUCCAUUCUGGCGAUCUGGACUUGAUUUUGGACAUAGAACUGGUUAUGGUGUAGGAUAUUUUUUGAAUAUGCAUGAGGGUCCAGCUACAAUCGGUUACCAACAAGCUGCAGGUGGAAUCCAAUUAUGGGUUAGGGAAGGAAUGGUUCUAACUAUUGAACUCGGUUACUGUGUCGAGGGAAAGUGGGGUAUUCGGAUAGAAAACUGUUAUGAGGUUGUGGAGGCGACUGUGCCAUCUGGAGCAGAUUUUCUUGGUUUUAAAACAUUAACACUAAUACCGAUACAAACUAGCCUCAUAGGUAAGAGCAUGCUCACUAACAAAGAGAUUGAAUGGCGUAAUGCACACCAUGAUACGGUAUUGGCAACUACGGGUGAUUUUCUACAAAAAGCCAAUAAAAAACAAAAGCAGUGGAAUGAUUGA